UCAUCUCUCCUGAACGUAUUAUCUAUAUAUUAACGAAAUAGGUGUGUGUAGUAAAUCAAGUAACAGUAAAUCAGUAUAACCUUACCUACCCUUAAGGUAGUAUAGUAAUGAACUGUUAUGAAAGUAAAAUUAUAGGAGUUAUAAGAGCACAUGGUUAUCUCCCGAUUACAUACGAUGGUUAGUCUGUCUGAUUAUUUACUAUGACAAGUCAAUAAUUACAACACCACCUGACUAUCCUUCCUAAUGUGAGAGACCAGCCAACCGGUUAUAUACAGUCACAUACAAAACUUUUUAAUAUGGUAAAAUUUUUCGUUGGAGAGCAAUUCCAUAAUCAUAAGAUUUACACUUGUUCAACGGGUAGUCUUCAAAUAAAUCUAUAAUACUAAUACCGUAAUUUCAUUAAUAACUUCGACUUUUAUAUUUGUCAUUUAUAUAAUCUAAUUUAAUCAUGUUAACCAAUAAUAUAGGUAUAUUCUCUCGAGUCAUAACCAAGAGAUCAUCUAAUUACUUAAGAAGUAAUAUAAUUCAUAGAUUUAAUUCAUCUAGUGCUAGUAAACCUCAGUUAAGUUGGCAAGAAUAUUUUAAAUUAAAGAAACAAAGAAAUACUAUCAAUCUUGGAGCAUCAGUAUUAACUGGACUUGGAGGUGCUGCUAUUACUUUAGUAUCAAUUUCUAAUAUUGAAUUCGAUGAAAAACCAAUAUUUGGUUUUGAUCCUGUUAUUGUUUUAAGUUCAUUUGUUAUCUUAGGUGGUGGUGUUGGUUAUUUAGUAGGUCCAGCCAUUGGAUCAUCAUUAUUUAAACUUAGUAAUAAAAAGGCUUUACAACAAUUCACAUUCAGAGAUCAACAAUUCUUAUCAAAAAUUAAAGUUAAAAGAGUAGAUCCAUCUUCUCAAUCUUUUUCUAAUCCUGUUCCUGAUUACUAUGGUGAAAAAAUUUACUCCUUAAAGGAUUAUAAACAAUGGUUAAGAGACUGUAAUGCCUUCAGAAGAAAAUCAAAGGAAUUCCUUUGAUUUCAAUUAUAAUAAAGUUUAAUUUGAAUCAUUAAUCAAAUUAUGUAUAAUGCGAAUUAUGCAAAAUACAUUAAAAUCUACCGGUAAGUCUCGUUAAUUUGCUAUCAGAUAAAUAGAUAAAUGUUCUGUUAUCAUAAUUUACUGGUUCAUUCUGUAUAUAUUUAUUCAUUCACCUGCACUGCUUGGUUGUGCUUUAAUAUAAGUCAUCGGAUUGUAUUUGAUAUCGAUUUAAAAUUAAUUUGUAAACGGUAAAACUAUAGUAAAUAUAUAUAUAUAUA